AUGGGGUACCUGGUUGGAAAUAUCUACGUCAUUACCGCGGUGGCCGUCAUUGGCGGUGCACUGUUUGGUUUUGAUAUUGCUUCUAUGUCUGCUAUCCUCGGCACCCAACAGUACAAAUGCUUCUUCAAUCAAACCGGUUUCAAUAGUGAUGGGGAUUGUGGUGGUCCAACUGCCUCCACCCAAGGUGGCAUCUCCGCAGCCAUGCCCGGUGGUUCUUUUGUCGGCGCUUUGAUCUCGGGGUUCAUUACCGAUUACUUGGGUCGCAAGCGGGCCAUUCAGAGCGGCUCUCUCAUCUGGUGUAUUGGAAGUGCCAUCGUCUGUGCCUCCUUCAGCAUCGGUCAACUUGUCGCUGGUCGUUUUAUCAACGGGUUAUCUGUGGGUAUCCUUAGCGCCCAGGUCCCCGUCUAUGUCGCCGAACUGGCCCAGCCCAGUAAGCGUGGUCAGGUCGUGGGAGCCCAACAAUGGGCCAUCACUUGGGGUAUUCUGAUAAUGUUCUACAUAUCCUAUGGCAGCAGUUUCUUAGACGGCCCCGCUGCCUGGCGACUCCCCUGGGGUCUCCAGAUGGUUCCCGCCGUUUUCUUGUUCUUCAUGUUUUUCCUGCUCCCCGAAAGCCCCCGUUGGCUUGCCAAGCAUGACCGUUGGGAGGAAGCCCACGAGGUGUUAGCAUUGGUCCAUGCUAAAGGUGACACGAAUUCCCCAUUCGUCCUGACCGAGCUGCAAGAGAUUCGUGAGAUGGUUGAGUUUGAGCGCCAGAACGUUGAUGCUUCGUACACGGAACUGUUCAAGGGCCACAUGAUCUACCGCACCCACAUCGGCAUGUUCACCCAAAUCUGGUCUCAGUUGACAGGUAUGAACGUAAUGAUGCUCUACAUCACCUACGUCUUCGGUAUGGCUGGGCUCUCCGGCAACGCCAACCUGGUCGCCUCCUCCAUUCAGUACGUGAUCAACGUCGUCAUGACCAUAUUCGCUUUGCUUUUCAUCGACCGCUGGGGUCGUCGCACCCCCCUUUUGGUUGGCUCUACCCUGAUGAUGAUAUUUAUGUUUGCCAAUGGCGGGAUUAUGAAGUCAUAUGGAAAGCCUGCACCUCCAGGUGGGCUGGGAAAUGUUGCCGAGGAGUCCUGGGAUCUAUCUGCCGCACCGGGAGCAGCCAAGGGUGUCAUCGCCUGUACCUACUUGUUUGUUGCUAGUUACGCGCCCACCUGGGGUCCCGUCAGCUGGAUCUACCCACCGGAGCUAUUCCCAUUGCGCUUGCGUGGUAAGGCUGUAGCCCUCACGACAGCCUCAAACUGGAUCUUCAACUUUGCACUGUCUUACUUCGUCCCUCCAGCCUUUGAGAACAUCAAAUGGAAGGUCUACCUUGUAUUCGGAGUCUUCUGCUUCGCGAUGACCGUUCAUGUGUACUUCUGCUUCCCCGAGACCGCGGGAAAAACCUUGGAAGAAGUGGAGAGUAUGUUUACCACCCCGGGAAUGCGGCCUUGGAAGACCAGCGUUCAGUUCCAGCACGUUCGUCAGCUGGAGCAGGGCAGAAUCCAGUCAGACAAGCUAGCGGAUCUGCAGACGGAAUCCGUUGGCGAGAAGCAUGUCCCCGCGGUGACCCAGGUGGAGUAG